AUGCCUGUCAAACAACUCUUCACAAAGGUGACGAAAUAUAUUAUUCGCAUCUCGGGCAGUUUAAGAAUAUUAUGCUCUGUGGAGAGUCCGAAAUAUGUCGAGCGUGAUGCUCUCUCAAGCUGGGUUCCUGAUUGGAGAGCGCCGCGAGAAAGCAUACGAAAUGUUCUUCAUGAUAGGAAUCCAAGGUCCGGGUACAGAGCGACUAUGAAUUCAGUUCACGAAUUUGAUUACACCGCAGAUUCUGAUGAACUACAAGUCAACGGAAUUGCGAUCGGGAUAGUGAGCCAGGCGGGAAGAUACAACGAUUUCCACACUCUCAGCGACUUCAACCUGCAGAGAAGGUACGGCCAUACCAAUCAACCAAUCACCACCGCUUUGAGACAGGCACAAACCCUCAGUUUCGAUAUCGAUGUCCAGCCACCCCAUAUAGUCGGUGCCGGACACCCCCAGCGGAGGAGCCUCGCGGCCUUCUACGAUCUCCCGGGGCGCGAUUUUCACAGGCAGGAGUGCGAUCAGUGCCCCAAUGCGCAUCCCAUGCCGAUCCUCUCAAUGGAAAAUGCUAGCCAGGACCCUGACCUGUUUUCCAUCGCUCGCUCAUGUCUUGAGAACGUGAGUUCGCGAGCAUUCUUCGCCACUAAUACCAAUUAUGUCGGCUUUGGCCCCACAUGCACCGCACCUGGGGAUCAGGUCUACCUCCUCCUUGGAUCAGACGUCCCAUUCAUUCUUCGGCCGGCUGGCGAGAAGUUCAAGCUCGUAGGUGCGUGUUAUGUCCAUGGAAUUAUGUACGGAGAAGGGCUCCAUCGAGACAUCAUGAUCAACCAUCAGUUCUAUCCUGGUAGCAUUCCAGGAAGUGAUUGGGACUUCUCAAAUGACCGGCUUGUUACUCCUGCAACCUGGAAGUCAGAACCCGAGGGCGGUGGCAAUUUGGCAAGGACCAACGGUCGCCGGUUUUGGCUCUGCCAGGAGGAACGUGAUCCUCUUUUGAUUGAGGCACAAAGAGUUGUUCUCCGGUAA